AUGGGACUGCUACCUCCGCUCAAGAAGUAUAACCUGCAUUUGAAGCCGCGCUCUAGCAUGCACAAGCGCCCAGCUGAAGAUCCACUCAGCUGGGUCCCUUUGCCGCUCGAGGCCCAGCAGCUCAAGAUGCGCAUCUUGGAGUCCCACCCAAUGCCACUCAUGCGCUUCAGCAUGAGUCGCAUGCGCCAUGUUGUAUCCCAUCCGCCUGUGGAAAUUCCGAUCGAGCUCCGCAAAAAAAAACUCGUUUCCAGUCGCGUGUCCGGCCACAGCGUGCCGCUCACCCGCAAGAUGUGGGACAAGAAGAUGAAGCAGUACAAGAAACACAUGCUCGACGUCAUCGGAGAGGGUAUCCACUACCAGUGA